AUGGACGAUUUAUACCCACUUGCGUUAUUGAUGGACGAAUUGAAACACGACGAUGUUUCCAACAGAGUCGAAGCAAUGCAAAAACUAGACACUAUAGCCAUAGCAUUGGGUCCUGAGAGAACCCGUAAGGAAUUGUUGCCCUUUUUGCAUGAUGUUGCUCAAGAUGACGAGGAGGAAGUCUUCACCGUAUUGGGUGCGAAGUUGAGUGAAUUUGUUCCCUUGAUUGGUGGUCACGAAUAUUGUGAACCAUUGAUUGAAAUAUUGACGAUUUUGGCAUCAAUGGAAGAACCACUCGUUAGAGACAAGGCCAUUGCUUCGUUAAACACAAUCAGUCAUGAGUUGAGUCAGGAUGAGAUAAACAACGUGUUUUUGGGAUUGAUUACAAGUUUAAGUCAAGGUAAUUGGUUUCUGAAAAAAAUAGCUUCGUGUGGGUUAUACAAGGCAGUUAUUAUUAGAGUGGAUGCAAAUACUAGAAAGGAAUUGUUGCGUACGUAUUUGAAAUUGGUCACUGAUGAUUAUCCCAUGGUUAGACGAGCAGCAGCUACGAACUUGCCUCAUUUGAUUGACUUGUUGACUCAAUUCACUGAGGAAUCUCCUAAUGAUGUCAACAAGGUAAACAAUGAAGAUUGGGAAAUUAUAUCGAAAAUGUUUCAACAUUUGAUUAAUGAUGAUCAAGAUUCAGUCAAAUUCCUCAGUGUUGAUGUCUUGAUUGCCAUUUUGGAGUUUUUCCAAAAGAUUCAUGAAUAUAGCUUCAAUUCAGAUUUCUUAUCAAGUGCAUUGAAAUUGAUUAAAGAUGAUAGUUGGAGAGUUCGUUACACUGCUGCUGAUAGGUUUAGCAAAAUCGCCGUCAAUUUCACUCAUAACGAACUGGAUUUAUUCCAAUUGAUUGACCCAUUCAUUUCGUUGAUGAAGGAUCACGAGGGAGAAGUUCGAAAAGCCAUUGCCAAGCAGUUGCCAAGUUUUGCAAAAUUACUCACAGAGUAUCCACCAACUAAAGCCACAAUCCUAAACAAGAUCAUCCCCGUCGUCAAUGACUUAAGUCAAGAUCCCCAAGAAAAUGUUCGUGCGUCAUUAGCAUCAACAAUUACUGAAUUAUCCCCCAUUUUAACAAGACAACCAACAAUUGACAAGUUGUUGCCCAUUUUCUUGACAAUGUUGAAAGACGAGUUCCCAGACGUUCGAUUGAAUAUCAUCUCCAACUUGUCCGUGGUCAACGAAACCAUUGGAAUCAAUCUCUUGUCAACAAAUUUGCUUCCUGCUAUAACUGAGUUGGCACAGGAUCACAAAUGGAGAGUAAGAUUGGCCAUUAUUGAACAUAUCCCCAAAUUGGCUGAUCAGUUGGGCCAAUCGUUCUUCAACAAUGAAUUGUUGUCGUUGUGUAUGUCUUGGUUAUGGGACCCAGUGUUUGCCAUUAGAGAAGCAGCUGUUGAAAACUUGAAGAAUUUAACAGUGAUAUUUGGGUCACAAUGGGCAACACAAGAAAUCAUUGCCAGGUUAUUGAAUCAAAAGGAGAAUGCAGGUGGCAACAAGGAUAGUAAUGGUGACGAUGGCAACGUUGCCGAAGACGAUGCCGACGACAAUGACAACGACAAUGACUCCACCAGCAACAAGAUUGACUAUUCCAAUUUCAUCAUCCGAAUCACUUGUUUAUUUGCUAUAACCUCGUUGAUCCCCGUGAUCGAUUACCCUGUCCUAGUUGACAAGGUAUUACCAUUCAUAAAUGGACUAAUCACCGAUUCAGUACCCAACAUCAGAUUCAACGUUGCUAAAUCGUAUUUAACUCUUGUGGAAUCCUUAUGUCAGCAUAGAAACCAGGCCCCCAGCCAAGAUGAAUUGAAGAAGUUGAUAAAUUUGCAAGUAUUGUCCAAUUUGGAAAAGUUGGAAUCUGAUGAUGAUGUCGAUGUGAGGUUUUACUCGACUCAAAGCAUCAAGGGGAUUAACGAAAUACUAGCUAAUUAA